CCUGCACUUUACUUGCUCGCUCUCUCUCUCUCUCUCGCUUCAAAAUUUCUUACUUGCAUUCUCUGUCACCAAUUGGCAAUUGCAGAGAUUGAGAAGCCAUGGAAAUAGAUGCUCCAACUUUCGCUGAUCCUCUUUCAUUUGCAAGAAGCUAUCAGCUGGAAGCUUUGGAGAAAGCUAUCCGCCAAAAUACCAUCGUGUUCUUAGAGACUGGUUCAGGCAAAACUUUGAUAGCUAUAAUGCUUCUACGAAGCUAUGCAUAUCUUCUUCGCAAGCCUUCCCCUUUCGUUGCCUUCUUUUUGGUUCCUAAGGUUGUUUUGGUUAAACAGCAAGCUGAAGCUGUGAAAAUGCAUACAGAUCUGAAAGUUGGAAUGUAUUGGGGAGAUAUGGGAGUCGACUUUUGGGAUGCUGCACAAUGGGCAGAAGAAAUACAGAAACACGAGAUACUGGUUAUGACUCCUGCAAUAUUGCUGGCUGGCCUGAGGCAUAGCUUUUUUAAACUGAAUAUGAUAAAGGUCUUAAUAAUGGAUGAAUGCCAUCAUGCUAAGGGUAGAGACCCUUAUGCAUGCAUCAUGACUGAGUUUUAUCAUCCUCAACUGCAAUCUAAAAGUUCUGAUCUUCCUAGAAUAUUUGGGAUGACAGCAUCUCCGAUUAAAUCAAAAGGUGGGAAUUCUGAAUUGACUCUCUGGAAAAAUAUUGCUGAACUUGAGAGCUUAAUGGAUUCUAAGGUAUAUACAUGUGCAAGUGCAUCUGUCCUUUCUGAAUUCGUACCAAUAUCUACCCCAAAGUUCAAAUUUUACAAGCACACUGGAAUUCCAUUUGAGUUAUUCAAAUGCUUGGCAGAUAAACUGAAUCUACUAAAAAAACAGUAUGAGUGCUUUGUGGAAAAGUCAGAGUUGACAAGUUCUGCAGCAGAGUCUAUAUGCAAAAGAAUAACAAAAGUUUUCUCAGCUAUAAUAUUUUGUUUGGAUGACUUAGGAGCUUUGUCAGCUUUGAAGGCUGCAGAAUUCUUAUCAUACAAUGAAGCAUUCUUAUCAUCCAAUGAAGCUGAAUUUUUUUCAUAUGAAAAUAUGGAUGUCUCUGGACAGACAACUGUUAGAAGAUUUACCUUGAACGCUUUGGAAAUGAUUUCAACUUGCAUAUUAUCUGGUCCUCGACAUACUAUUGGUAGUAAUGUUAGGUCAAAUAUGGAUGCGGGCCUAUUAACCUCGAAAGUUCUGUGUCUUACUGACUCUCUUCUUGAAUACAGGGACUUGAAUGAUAUGAGAUGCAUAAUUUUUGUGGAGAGGAUAAUUACAGCAAUUGCUCUAGAUGCUUUUUUGAGAGAAUUCCUCCCAAAUGUUAACGGAUGGAAGACCAAGUACAUAGCAGGAAACAAUUCGGGGCUGCAAAAUCAAACGAGGAAAAAACAAAAUGAAAUUGUAGAAGAGUUUCGUGUGGGCUUGGUCAAUAUCAUUGUGGCAACAUCAAUUCUUGAAGAGGGGUUAGAUGUUCAAAGUUGUAACGUGGUCAUUAGAUUUGACCCAUCUGCCACAGUGUGCAGUUUCAUUCAGUCCCGAGGACGAGCCAGAGUUCAAAAUUCUGAUUACAUAUUAAUGGUUGAAAGUGGGGAUUUGGCUACACGUUCUCGAUUGGAGAAGUACCUGACUAGUGGAGAAAUUAUGAGAAAGGAGUGCUUGCGUCAUUCUUCCCUUCCUUGUGAGCCUUUCAAUAGUGAUCUAUACAACAAGGAAACUUAUUGUGUUGAAAGCACUGGAGCGAUUGUGAAUCUCAGUUCUAGUAUUGGUUUGAUAUACCUUUACUGUUCUCGACUCCCUGCAGAUGGGUACUUCAAACCAAUGCCUAGAUGGGACCAAGAAACUGGGACGCUACUUCUUCCUAAGAGUUGCCCUAUAUCAUCUGUUUGUGUGCAAGGCUCCAAGAAAACCUUAAAGAAUAUGGCUUGUCUUGAAGCCUGCAUACAACUUCAUAAAAAUGGAGCUUUGACAGAUAAUCUUGUUCCUGAUAUUGUCAUUGAAAAAAAUUUGGCGGAAGAAUUUGUGAAUGAACCUUACAAUGAGGAGCAACCUCAUUAUGUCCCACCUGAAUUGGUUAACUGCCUUCCACACAAUGGAAGCAUGUUAUACCACUGCUACUUAAUAGAGUUGAACCAAGAAUUCAACUAUGAUGUUGCUGUUCGUGAUUUUGUUCUUGCAAUGAGAUAUGAACUUGACCCGGAAAUUGGGUGCAUGGAAUUUAAAAUGUGCGUUGAUAGGGGUGACUUGAUGGUAAAAUUCAGAUAUAUUGGUACAAUUAAUCUUGGCCUAAAUGAGGUUCUUCUGUGUAGAAGAUUCCAAAUUACUGUAUUUGGAAUUCUUCUGGCCCAUAAUAUUGAUAAGUUGACAGCCAUUUUAAAUGAACUCCAUUGGGGAGAUAAUCUUGAGAUUGAUUAUCUUAUGCUUCCAGCCACCGCCAUAGACCAGAGACCUUUGAUCGUUGAUUGGCCUUCUGUUACUUCCAUAUUUUCAUCUCAACAAGGUUGCAACAAUCACGGUGCAAAUGUAAGGACCAAGGAUGCUCUGGUCUGCUCCUGCAAACUUGAAAAUUCCUUGGUCUGUACUCCUCAUAAUGGUCAAUUUUAUAUCACCACUGGUAGAAUGAAAUUGAAUGGAAACUCUGUGCUAAGACUCAGCAAUGGCAGAAUUACUACGUACAAGAAAUACUAUAAAGAAAAGCAUGGAAUUGAUUUGCGUUAUGAACACCAACAGCUGUAUAAUGGAAGGCACAUGUUUCAUGUGCAAAAUUACCUUCACAGAAGCAGACAAGUGAAGGAGAGAGAAUCAACCAAAGCUUCAGUUGAAUUGCCUCCUGAACUAUGCUCUAUUAUAAUGUCACCAAUAUCCGUCAGUAUCAUAUAUUCAUUCUCGUUCAUUCCCUCAAUAAUACAUCGGCUUGAGUCAUUGCUUUUGGCUUCCAACUUGAAGAAACUGUGCAUGCAAAAUGAUAUUCCGACAGUCAAGAUCUUGGAAGCGAUUACUACAAAAAAAUGCCAAGAGUCAUUUCAUUAUGAAUCCUUAGAGACUCUUGGAGAUUCUUUCCUUAAAUAUGCUGCUGGACAGUAUCUUUAUCAAACCCAUCCAUCUUACCAUGAAGGUCUUCUCAGUGUGAAAAAGGACAGGAUAAUUUCUAAUGCUGCCCUCCGGAAGUUUGGGUGCAGCAGUAGACUUCCGGGCUUCAUUCGUAACAGUCCUUUUGAUCCACACAGAUGGAUUAUACCAGGCAAUAGCUCUGAAUAUGUUUCUUUAAAAGAGGAGUUAGCGUCCGAUACAACUAAAAUUUAUGUUAGUGGGAACAGAAAAAUAAAACCUAAGAUCAUUGCAGAUGUUGUUGAAGCCUUAAUUGGGGCUUGCCUCAUCACAGGUGGAGAGAAAGAUGCUUUUAAGUUUAUGGAUUGGAUUGGAAUUAAGGUGGAUUUUAAAAUAUCACCCAAUAAAACACAUUUGAGCAUACACGCAGAGAAGCUUGUAAAUGUCAGAUUUCUGGAAUCCAAAUUGAACUACUCAUUCAAUGACCGUUCUCUCUUGGUAGAAGCUCUGACCCAUGGUUCUUACAUGCUGCCAGAAAUUCCAAAAUGUUAUCAGCGACUAGAAUUUCUUGGGGAUGCUGUGUUAGAUUUUCUCGUCACUGAGCAUCUAUACAAUAAAUAUCCUGACUUGUCUCCAGGGUUGUUGACUGACAUGAGGUCUGCUUCUGUAAAUAAUGAUUGUUAUGCUCGGUCUGCCAUUAAGGCUGACUUACACAAACACAUACUCCAUGCUUCUCAAGAAUUACAUAGAGAUAUUGUUUCCACAAUAAAUGAUUUUGACAAGUUAUCUUCUGAACCGACUUUUGGAUGGGAGACAAGGAAAUAUUUCCCCAAGGUACUUGGAGACAUUAUAGAGUCUCUGGCAGGAGCAAUUAUGGUUGAUUCUGGAUUCAACAAAGAGACCGUGUUCAGAAGCAUCAUGCCCCUAUUGGAACCUUUGAUCACGCCUGAGACUCUACAGAUUCAUCCUGUCCGUGAAUUGCAAGAACUCUGCAGCAAACGACAUUAUAUAAUGGAGAAGCCAUUGGUGUCCACCAGCAAAGGCUUAACUUAUGUCACUGUUAGGGUUCUAGUUAACGGGAAAAUUUAUGAGGAAACCUGUGAAGCUGACCAUAAGAAGACAGCCAAAAAGCUAGCUUGCAAGGAAGUUUUGACUUCCUUGAAGAAGAUCAAUCUUGCAUGAAUAAACAAGCAAUUGUAUGUAUAAAUGGAUGAAACUUUGGUACUUAGCCUUGUAUGAUUAGUAUAUUUUUAUCCAAUUAAA